CAUCUGUCUCAUCGACACUGAUCGUCUCAUGCAUCAGCCAGUUCAUGACUGGACUCAAGCCCUCUGCUGCCGCUCUUCAAGGCAUGCAUUGAUCGUCUUCCAACGAAAGGUCCCUGGGUGAACCUCCUCCCUCCGGUAGCUCCGAGUUCGGGAUGCCGCCGAAGCUGGUGUCUGGCCCUGCGCCACGCGCUCUUCGAUGUCGACUCGUACAGCCUCCUUCUCCCAUCAAACCGUCCGUCUUUCGUGAACAAUUCUUCGUCUCCCCAUCCCCGCGGACUCUCGCUCAGCCGCGACCUGAUAUCCUUCACGGACCGCAGUUGACCCCCGCGUCGCCGACGCUCUUCUCGCAAACCGGUUUCCGACCGUCCACAUCGGAUUCCCUUGACAAAAGCCCGAAACAUGAUCAUGAGCCCCCCGAUGAGCGCAUAUUGAAGCUUGGGAAAACUCUCCGCAUCCUCUCGCCUCUCCUACCCACGCUCCUUAUCAACCCCCUGCCCCCGGCAAUCCUCUCCCCGAGCAUAGCGCUUCAUCUCUUUCCCUCAACGCACCCACACCUCCCCACCGUGAAAGGCCGCACGCUGUAUCGAGCCGCGCUCUGGACCGUCCCGGUAGCAUGGAGCAGCCUUCCCCUGUUGGGAAAUGUCAAGCUUCAGAUCCUGAGUGAGCGCAUUGUCCGCGCAGGAACGGUCCUCGACCCAGAGCGCCCGGACAGCGACCACGACACCAGCGACGAGCGGCUUGUGGUGCGGUGGAGGACCGAGCCGCGGAGAGAGACCACUCACAGUUCCAAUACCACAUUCACCACUGCCGCCCCUUCCUUACCUACAGACACUCAUUCUCCCUCCAACACCCACAGCAACCACCUCUCGUCCUCGAAAACCGGGAUAAACAAGGGUCUUAGCGUGCUGCUUGGUGGUGAUGCCCCGAUCUUCAAGCUGUCCAAGGAGGAGCAAUUCACGGGGCUGUUCAUCUUCUCCUUCGACGAGGAAGGUCGCAUUGCGUCGCAUACUAUUGAGCACGCCGAUGAUGCGCGUGGAUGGAACCGGACGCCCAAGUUCGUCACUCUGACUGACUGGCUAAUCGGGAAGGCGAGAGGGUCAUUGGAUCCCGCGACCGAGCCCGGUCUAGCCAUGCAAGGCUGCCAGGGCCAUGAAUUUUCGGAUCGGGAUCGGUAUCACCCUCAUCAUCAUUAAUAGUUGAGACCUCCAACAUCCUCCUCCUCAGAGCCUCCACCAGUCACUACCGACUAUCUCAUGCCCGACUUCCACCUGAUAUCAUUUGUCUAUCUUUCGACCAUCAAGAACAGGGAACGCAAACGACAUAGAGGACUUCACCGGCGGUGCUGUUCGGAAAAAAGAACAUGGGAACUCUCUUUCUUCUAUCUCAGGAAUUGCAUUCUGGUGCUAUCUACGGCGGCUAUCUGCUUGCGCGCUUGUUUAUUGUUGAGUUGUAGAGGUCAAUUGACCAUCUCCCCUCUUGUGUCAUCUACACCCACCCACUCCUCUCCAGAUGUGUAUACUAUACCCAGUAAUGAAUAAUGCCACUGCU